AGCAAGCUAAACAAUGGCAAAGACAUUUGGUUUCCUGCUAAUAACUGUUGCUCUGGUUGGUUUCGCCAAUGCAGUCGACUACUGCGCCCUACCUACAUGCCUGGAUAAGCAUAUUGCCUGCAAUAACAAAGGAAACUUUAGUGAAAACUGUGCCAAGGAUGUGCGAGAGGUGAAGAUUGAACCCCACCACAAGCUCAUUCUUACCUUAUUCAAUGAGAUUCGUAACAAAGUUGCUGGAGGUCAAAUAGAAGGCUUACCCAUGGCCAUUCGCAUGGCCAAGAUGUCCUGGUGCGAGGAACUCUCCCAUCUAGCUCUUCUCAAUGUUAAAACCUGUGAGUCUCUGCCGGACAAGUGCCGCAGCACAGAGAGAUUCGCAUAUGCCGGCCAAAACAACGCCAUCUUUAGCUACAGUGGAGCUGAAUCCGAGUACACAGACGCGGAGAUCAUUAAGGAGCAGAUUGAGAACUGGUUUGCCGAACGCUCGAAUGCAUCUCCCGACAUCCUGUCCAACUUCCCCGAAGAGCUGCCCAACAAGAACAUCGCCAAGUUCACCAUUGCCGUCGCUGAGAAGAACACUCAUGUGGGAUGUGCUGCCAUUCGUUUCUCCAAGGAUUUCUAUAACCACUUCGUGCUCACCUGCAACUUCGCCACCUCGAACAUUGUUGGCAAGCCUGUCUACACUCCCGGCGAGAAGUCCACCUCUGGAUGCAAGAACCGCUACGGUGCCGCCUUCGACUACCCCAACCUGUGCUACGCCAAGGAGAUCUAUGACAACGAGAAGAUCGUCGAGGGAACCAAGAUGGUCUAAACAACAAAGGAUAAGAAAUGGCGAAAUGGAAUUCUUAUUUAUAUUAGCUUAUUUAUGUAGACUGUUGAAUAUGGAAUAAAUUCCAGAAAGAAAUAA